GAGAAGCAGACACCCCUCUCGGGUGUGGAACAGACACCUCUCUGGGGCUUGAUGUGGGGCUCAAUCUAACAACCUUGAGAGCAGGGCCUGGACCAAAAUCGAGUUGGAUGCUCAACGAACUGCGCCCCCCAACCCCCCCCUCAAUUUUCCCUUCAUAAAGGACAGCAUGCUACAGACCCCACUUUACCUUGGUUUCUUCCAUAAGGACCCCACCACUAAAUACAAUCACAUUCUGAGGUACCAGGGCGUGGUACACAUGAAUGGGGUGGUGGGGGUGCGAGGGGGCACACAAUUGAACCCUAGCAUUUGUACACCUGGUCAUGUCAAAUUGGCUCUCUCACUGCCUUGGUUAUGCUGUAAGGGAAGAGCGCUUACACAUUAUCUUAUCUAAGUAUUUUAGUUUACAGGUGAAGAAACGGGGGCCUGGAAGAAGGAAGGAUUUGCCUAGGGGCACAGGCUGCUUUGUAACAAAACCAUAUCGUUCCCACCUCCCCACCACCCCCAUCUUUUAGCCAGGUAUUCUAUCUCCUGCUUUAUGUCCUCCAGAUUGUCUAUCCUCAGGAGUCUGGGCAGACAGAGAAGGGGACAGAGUGAAUAGGUUACAGGAUUUGAAUCAAAACAGCUGAAGUGAAUCCUGGGGUCCGCUUUGGUCUUUUGGGUUUCACAAUCCUUGUUUCCAGAAAACAAAUCCUAGUACCCUGCUCUCUCAACGCAGCAAAGAAAAGGAGGACACAUUCCUCCUGCAAAUGUCUUAUAAAGGAUAGAUCUUUGAUUGAAAACAAGAUUUGCAAACAAACAUGGGCAAAUUGGUAAGUAGACACCAUUUCAGAACAUUUCAAAGAGGCGAUAAUAACAGACGAUACACCUUAACCUGACUUUGGGACCCACCAAGUAUAUGUCAGCCAGGGUGCAGGGGAGUAUAAAAGUCAAAGACUAAGAUUUACCUUUAACACUGAGCUUCAGACACCAGAUCUUCGAAGUCGGUAUCCAGAACCUCUUCCCGUCUCCCCAUCCCAGAAUUCUGUUCUGUGAGUUAGCACUGCAAGCCGUCUUCCUAGGGUGUCUCUAGGUCUUAAGGGUCACAGAAGGGAAACACAGAAACCAUUACUCACUAGAGAAUGACAGGCCAGGGUGAGCAGCCCCUGGCUAGCUGUGACUUAGUGGAGAGGGCAGGUGUUGUUGUUGUGUGAUUUUUUUUUUUUCUUGAGUUUUCAUUCAUUUAUUUGAAUGAGAGAGAGAGUGAGAGAGAGAACACAGGCAGCGGGGAGAGAGGAAAGCAGGCGCCCCAUGAGCAGGGAGCCUGAUAUGGGGCUUCAAUGGGUGCAGACUUCCAGUUUGAGGGAAGAUGACCAAGUUCUAGAGACGGAAGUUGCUGAUGGCAGCACAACAACGCAAAUGUGCUUAAGGCCACUUAAUGAUACGCUCACCAGUGAUUAAAAUGCUGUAUUUUAUGUUGUGUUAUUUUAUCACCAAAAGAAGGAAAGAGCAAGCAAGACUCAGAUGCCCAGGUGAAAAGCAGAGGAAGGAGGUACGAGGUGUGGAAGAAGCUUCCCCUGAUACCACAGGACAGCCAGUCAGUUAUUUUGUGACUGCAUCUGUGCUCCUGGGGGCUUCCCACCUUCUCAAUAAAACAGAUUCUGCCUCCAAUUGGAGGUUUUUCCACUCAGCCUUUGUGGGCACGUCACAGUUUAUUCAUAGGAUACACAAGGAGUAGUGAAAUUCCUAGGUCAAGGGUAAUACACAUGCUCAAAAUUUUACAUGCAAGCUAGAGCUGAUUAACUGCAAUCAAGGGGCAGGUUUUGGGUGAUCCAUGGACUUCUGAAGUCGGGGACAGCAUCUGAUGUGUGUGGGAGCACACGUACAAUUUUCUAGGAGUAGGCUCUCAAAAUACCUCUCGGGCUCAGGGACACCGGAGAGUAGAGCAUGAACGCUCCCCCAGCACAGAAUCCCCAACACAGCAUCAGUAAAACAAGUGAGAGAGCUCUGCCAAAUUAAGCGACGUAAACUAACUUUUCAAUCCAACAAGUCCAUGUGCCUGGACCUUCCCUACAUACUUAUUUCACUCUUGUAAGAUCUUACCUUCCCUCGUCUGUUUCCUCCCUCUGCUGCCAGACUGCACCGUGAAACAGGAAUAGAAGGAUGCAGAGAGCCCCGCAUCUGCUGGAGAGGAGUAGAGUGAUCCAGACACCCCGAGGACAGUUUUGGAGGACGGUUGCAGGCUGGAUCGGCGACAUGAGAUAGCCUUGAUCCUGAACUCCAGAAGUGGACCUCGGUCUCGCAGUUGCACGUGUCUUCCUUCAAAAUGGCUGCCAGGCUGGAAUGGUGCAUGACAUCAGAGGCUUCUGACCUUCCUGAUUGGAAAGACUGGACUCCAUGGUUCUUGGCAACGGAGGUGGACAAGAGCAUCUUCGCAGAGCAUGUCCAUACUCCUAGCUUGGCCCCGGCUUAGAGAAGGGAUAACAGGGCUUGGGUUCACCCAGAAGCCAGAAGGGGAGUUUGAGAAGAGGAGGGUCUGAGUCUCCUGGGAGGGCACAAAGAGCUUGGGAGAAAUCAUGGCCAGUUGUCAACCGUCCGCCCAGUCUGAGGGCCAGAGCCCCCAGCCUAGCACAUCAGGGUACCCCCCGGAGGCCGUGGUAGAUGAAGAAAGCCCAGGACCAUCAGCCCCCUUUGUAGACCCCUGCCCCUUGCCUCAGUCCCGCGGAAGGAAGAGAGACAUCGAAUCCGAUGAGGAGACAGCCCCUGAGGCCAACGACAUCUGGGUGGUGGAGACACUGAGUGGCCUCAAGAUGAAGCUGAAGAGACAGCGGCUAUCUUCAGUGCUCCCUGAGCACCACGAGGCGUUCAACAGGCUGCUCGAGGAUCCUGUCAUUAAAAGAUUUCUGGCCUGGGACAAAGAUCUGAGAGUAUCCGACAAGUAUCUCUUGUCCAUGGUCAUCGCCUAUUUUAGCCGCGCUGGUCUCUUCUCCUGGCAGUACCAGCGAAUUCAUUUCUUCCUGGCACUCUACCUGGCCAAUGAUAUGGAAGAGGACAACCAGGCCCCCAAACAAGCCAUCUUUUCAUUCCUUUAUGGGAAGAACCGAUCCCAGCGUCCCUUGUUCCACAAACUGCGAUUGCAAUUCAUCCGAUCCAUGGGCUGGAGGACCAGGGUGUCCAGGGAAGAGUGCGAGGAGAUCCAGGCUUUCGAUCCAGAUCUGUGGGUGUGGGGGCGAGAUCGCACCCUCAUACCCUAGAGGGACCAUGGAGGCCCGAGGUCAUCGGCCUGAGGGGAGAUCCCUGAGCCCCGGGGAGACGCACGUUUUCGGUAGGAAGUCAGGAACACAGGAGUUUCUUUCACAGAUAAUCUAGAAGAACCCAGGACCUUCCAGAACGAGCUCAAUGGAGUUAUCGUGUUGUACUCCUAGGAGCUGGGAGUCCAUGGAGGAGUCCAUGGAGAGACAAAAAGAAACCAGGGUUUUUUCACGUCCAUCCCCUCCUGGGCCACCAUCAAAUAUUUCACAUUACUUAAUUUGAAUCUCUGCUGAGGUAGAGGUUGGAGGUCCCAUUUUUCAUGCACUGGGACAAAGGUGAGGAGGAAAUUACCUCAAAAAUAUAAAAUUAGAACCCAAAGGAUUGUGACAGCCAAACAUACGUCAGGAAUUUCAGUUGUUCAUUUUGAAAAUGUUGCCCUUAGAUUAUACUUGUUUCUCUAGUUUUUAUUUACGUAUUUAUUUUAAAUAGUUCUGAAACAGUCAUAGUUUCCAACACAUGCUGUUCCAACGUAGUUUUGUGAUGAGAUUUCAGCUGCUGCAUAACUAUAACUUUGUUUACAUAUUCUGGAUAGGUUUUGUUUUUAUUAUACUUAUAUAAUACAUCAGUUAUACUUAUAACCAGACGGGUUAGUUCCCUCAUGUUCUUCUAACUGUAAAUGUUUGUUUGAUAGUCUUCGUUAUUAAACUGUGAGAACCAGGUGUCAUUUUUUAACUUGCCUUGAUGACAUGUUUGUAUGUUAUUUUAGGUUAUUAAAGAGGACACUGAAAGGUGUCUCUCGGGGAAUCAUAAUAAAGAGAUGUCUUCUUCCCUUCAUGAUGUUUGUG